AUGGAUGCCCCCUUGGUGACAAUGGAAACGAAUCCUGGAGGGGCCAAUGACGCCAGCAGACGACCACCGAGAUCUCGUAAGAAGGCUGACGGAACCAGGCGACGGACUCAGGGUGAAAAGGAGGCUAGAUCGCAGCGGCCUGACAAGCGGGCCAGAGCUGCAGCAGCGGCAGCUGCAAAGGGCAAAGCCAAGGCCAAGCAGCAAGCUGGACGCUAUUCUGGCACCUGGGAGGCGCUGCCCACCACGCCCCAGGAGUGGCAAUGGAGCGAGCAUUGGAACACCACAUGGUCUAGCUGGAAUUGGAGACAGUCCAGUACCCUGGAUGAACAGGAGGAUGGUCAGAGCUUUGACUGGAUCGCUGACCCCAACGUCGACACGGCUCAGCACUCCUCCUCUACUGACCAUGACGAUGAAGGUGCUGCUCCCUUGCAGGGUCCCUCGACCGCAAGAUCCUCACGGGAUGAUGCUGUUACUUCCAGGCCCUGGCAUUUGGAGGGACGACACGGGGAUGGGCGGGCAUCCACGGACCCCGCCAACCUAGACCACUCUCUACAAGGUCUGCCGUUGGAAACACGGUCGAUCUUUAAGGCCGAGGAUGCCGAGCCAGCCCUGGAUGACUGGGCAGCCGAAGUGCAGGCAACCGCCACUGUCGUCUCAUCUGAAGAUGAGCUCUGGAGCGAAACGCCACCGGGUAGACAGUCGGACCGGCGCGUGGAGGCGCUCACACCCAGAAGAUCCAUGGAUGAUAACUCAUCUGGUGUCAGUUCCCCUGAACUGUUGGCUGAGGAUGCUGCCCGAAGGGUCCGUGACACCUUGGCCACUCUUCCGGGGGGCAUUCGUAGAGCCCUUGGGCAACCGGAACCGGGCAUAUCCCACACCGGAUUGCAUCCGCCUGCACACACGGGACCAUCCUCAUCCUCUGGACAUGUGCACGAAGAGACCUCCACUCAGCCACCUCCACGCCCAGCUGGACAAGGCAAGGUGAGGAGGGAAACUGUUUCGAGGGCCCUCACGGCGAUCCUUCGCCAUGACGUCGAUGGGGCGAAUCUCCUACGGGCAGAUGGCUUCCUUCCGCUUCAUGCUCUCCUACGUUUACCCACAGCCAAGAGGCAUAGCCUAACGCUCGACGAGAUAGUCACUGAGUGCUCUGUCAACGAGAAGAACAGAUUUCAGCUCAGUGACGACGGUAAGGCGAUCAGAGCAGUCCAGGGACACAGUAUCAAAGUCCAACCCGACCUUUUGAUGUCGAUGUUGGCGGCGGCGGACAUGCCGUCCCUGCUGCUGCAUGGUACGGCACGCAAGCACUACACCGGAAUCUAUAAUGCUGGCCUAAAGGCUGGGGGUGUGUGGGGCUCUUCCUACCGACAACACAUCCACCUGACCACGGCUUUCCCCGGCCAACGCAUGAUUUCAGGCAUGCGUGAAGACUGCGAACUGGCACUGCAUAUAGAUGGCAAGCUCGCCUUCGAAGCUGGCAUUGUAUUCUAUAGAAGCGCCAAUGGUGUAAUCCUGACGGAAGGACAGGCUGGCACUCUUGUCUGUCUCUUUCUUCGAGGCGUCACAUUGCUAGCCCCGAAUCAUAACAGACUUUUCCUUACCGACAACGGUCUGUUGCCAGCUCCGCUGGUCGUUUUCAGGGAAUUUGCCAAGCUAAUGCGAGAUGGCCCUCAAGAUCGCCCAGCUGCAUACUCUUCUUCCCAGGGUAGCCGGUCUUCGGCCCCUGGUUGCUCUGAGCAUGGUGACAGCCGUAGUGUACAGAAUGCACUGGCCCACCCUCAGCCCAAGCGUUCAAAAGGAGCCACCUGCCACUCCCUCGCGCAUAGUACCUACAUGGCAGACAAGCUCCUCUCUGUUCACAAACCGCUUGCCUUGGCCAGGACUGAGAUGACGCCCUGGUGUUGGGGCCUUGGCCUCUGCGCUCUGCUCUGUAUGCUCAGAUUGCGUGCGACCAGAAGACGCAAGCACUGCUGGCUUACCACCAGAAUCAUCAAGGGAGAUGUUUGCCCGAUCGAACAUCUCCGCCGACGGCUCGCUAUGCUCUAA